CUUUCUCGAGUAUAUAAGCUCGCAACUUUUGCGCCGCUUUAACAUUCGGUGUCUGACAAUCGUCUAAGAAUCACGAAAGUUUCUUCGUUCACAAUCGGAAGCCAAAGAAUUCGCCAACAUGAUUUCCAUUCGUUUCACCAUCGCUCUUGCUGUUAUCAUAGCCAUCCUCGCUCUCAGCGUAGAUGCUGCCUAUAGAAAACCACCGUUUAACGGUAGCAUAUUUGGCAAACGAUCCAAUACUGUGACAGAUUACGAAGUUACCAGCCGCGCCCUGUCAGCAAUUUGCGAAGUCGCCAGUGAAACAUGCACAGCUUGGCAAUCUCGUCAAGAAUCCAACUGAAGAUGAAUGACCGACCGAGAUUUACGAUUUCUACCAAUUGAUCGACAAUAUAACAUUAAAACAAUGUAAUCAACCAAGCUCUUGUAAAACUAUUCUUUCUUAAUUAUGUGCUUGAAUAUUCGCCACACUUCCUUUAUCAUUCAUUGUUGAUGCAGUAUAUCUAUAAUCGUAAAUUUUUAUUUGAACAAUACUUACUCAUAAUGAAAUUUCCACACUUGAGCCAUGUAUUUAUUAAAAGCGUCAACAAUAAAAUAUUAUAAAUUUUAAGAGCUAA